AUGCAAUUAAUCAAAUCGUUUUUUGAAGAUUUAGCAAAUGAAAUUUUGUAUGAAAUAUUUGAAUAUCUUGAUUUAUACCAUGUUUAUGAUGUGUUUUUUUAUCUCAAUCAACGAUUUCAAACUUUACUUCUUAAUUCAACCAUUCCAAUAAAAAUUAACAUUCCAACUGUGUUUAAAUCAAAUGUUGAAGGUUAUUAUGAAAAAAUGAUUAUUCGAAAUAAACAUCGAAUUAAUAUUAUUCGUUUAUCAAAUCCAUUUAUUGUUGAUAUCAUAUUUUCACCAACUCAUGUUAUUUCAAAAUUUAUUCGUCUUGAAAUACUAAUACUUGAUAAUAUUCAUACAAAAAAUCUUCAUGAAAUUUUUCUUGAAUUAAUGUGUUUACCUAAUUUACAUUCAAUGGUUCUUCAUCCUGCUGAAUAUGUUCAAAGUUCAAUUGAUAUUUUUUCUGAAAUAUUUCAAACAUACAUAUCAAAUGAGAAUCUAUGA